AUGUCCGAUCCUCUCUCAGAUCAUCCAGACCUCACUGCCCUCACUGCGUCUCCUACCCAGAAGCGCAAGAGAGAGGUCGAGAGUCCUACACAACGGCACAAGCGCAUGGCGCCCGCUGCGGCCAUGACCGCCGAGACGGCUGCCUUUAUCGAGAACGCCAUCGAGGCAACCAAUGCCGCCGCCGCAAAUGGUGUCAAUGUAGCUGAUUUCAAUGCCCUGCAGCAGGCAACCCACGGUGACCAUACCGAUCACGCCAGCAGCGAUGCUACCACCACAGCCCAGGCCGCCCUAGGCAUGUAUCCCACGCUGCAUGUGCCCCCCUCUACCGAGGAGCAGUUUGCGGCCCAGGCUGCCGACAGCAGCGAGCACCAGCACGACCCGAAUGAGUUCAACGCCGAAAUCACGCACGACAUGAUGGACCAAGUCGCCCACCAGUCGCAGAAUGGAACGCCGCCACAGCAGGGCCAACAGCAACAACAGCAGGGACAGCAGCAGCAGCGUCACUACUCGACAUCGUCACAAGGGGGCAGCGCCAAGCCGCCUGUGGGCUCUGACGAGUGGCAUAAGCUGCGUAAGGACAAUCACAAGGAGGUGGAGCGCCGUCGUCGUGAAACCAUCAACGAGGGCAUCAACGAACUUGCCAAGAUUGUCCCUGGCUGCGAAAAGAACAAGGGCUCCAUCUUGCAGCGCGCCGUCAGCUUCAUCUCGCAACUCAAAGAGAACGAACAGCAGAAUAUCGAAAAGUGGACGCUCGAGAAAUUACUCACUGAGCAAGCCAUCACGGAACUCAGCCAGUCCAACGAUAAGCUCAAGCAGGAGUGCGAGCGUCUCUACCGCGAGCUCGAGACGUGGAAGCGUGUCGCGCAGAACGCUGGUCUCGAACCACCGCAGCCCAAGGAAGAGCCGAGCGUAACGGGUUAG